AUGAUCUGGACAUUGCUGGCUGCUGGGCUCAUCUGUAUUCUGGCACUGGUCUAUAACACUACCAGACACCCCAAGCUACACCGCAACGGUCAGAAGCUCAAGCGGCCCACAGGCACUCUACCGUUGUUGGGAAAUGCCAUCCACUUCCUCAAACCUCGCCAUGUCUUGUUCGACUGGUUUGUGAAAUGCCAGAAGAAGUUCGGCAAAGAGACAUUCGAGAUCACCGUGCCUUCGUUCCCGCCUGGCGUGGUGAUCAACAGUGCUGAAAACCUGGAAUUCGUGCUCAAGAACGAAGCUUCCAUUACCAAAGGAGAGUUCUUUAGAGAGCGGUCAUGGGAUCUCUUUGGAUACGGCAUCAUCAAUGCCACCGGCGACCUGUGGCGCGCUCAGCGUAAGGCUGGUUUGAAGUUCUUCAGUGGUGCCAACCUCGACAUAUUGGUUGAAGACGUGCUGCCAGAAGUGUACGAUGACACACGAAAACAAUUACUCCAAGCGGCCAAGGAAGGGUCUAUUAUCGACCUGCAGCAGGUCUUUCUCGACCUUACCACCUCUGUGGUCGGCCACAUGGCUUACGAUGCAAGUCCCCUUCAGUCGCUAAUGGAAAUAUCCGCUUCUUCGCCGUUCAGCAAGGCCUUCGAUCACGCAUCCGGCCAUAUUGGCAUUCGCUUCCAGAAUCCGCUCUACUGGCUGACCGAGCUCUUUACGGGUGCUGAGUUCCGCGCCUCGCUGGCCGAGGUGAAGCGUUUCGGCCGGCAAAUUGUUGCCAAUGCGCGCAAACGCCGGGCUCGUGCCGCCUUCGAGAGCCUAAUAACCAACGACCAGACGCCCUCCGAAGAAGCAUCAGCGUUCGGGUCGCUGAUUGAUUCGCUGAUUGAAGCUUUCGCUGCGCCCCAGGUAGUUGCUGAUGCGGCGCUGAACUUUCUCUCCGCUGGCAGAGAUACCACGGCACAGUCAUUCACGUGGACCUUCUACGCAUUAAUGAGGCAUCCCGAGGCUUUGAGGCAGUUGCGUGACGAGCUUGACUCGAAGUUCACCUACUCUGGCGACCCAGAGGAUCUUCAGGGUAAUGAUGAAGAUAAGGAUGGUUACCAUAUCUCUAUCGACCGCCUUGACAUGGCCUCCCUUCAGCCUACUUUUCUCCCCCUCACGGUCGCCACUUUCUACGAAGCUUUGCGUCUUUAUCCACCUGUCCCUUUCGAGCUCAAACAGACAUCUGAAGCCGUUACCCUACCGGAUGGUACGUUUCUGCCUGACGGAGCCAUCGUGGUCUGGUGCAUCUAUGCACUGAACCGAUCAACCGAGACCUUUGGUAGCGAUGCGCAUCAAUUUCGACCGCAUCGUUGGCUUGACAACCAGGCCAGACUGGUGCCAAAGUCGACAUUUGAGUUCCCGGUAUUCAACGGCGGACCGCGGGCUUGCUUAGGCAAGAAGAUGGCCGAGGUGAUGGCCGUCUGGGUGAUGGCCAAAAUGUGGAUGGAAUGGGACUUUGAUGAGGUAGUCUCACAACAUGAAAGAGGGAAAGAGAGAGUUAGUGCGAAUAGCCUCACCUUGCCCAUGGAAGGAGGUCUGCCCUGUCGAGUCAAGGUCAGGGACAAGAAGCUUUGA